GCUUCUCUCUCUGUCUCUCUCUCUUUCUUUUUCUCUCACUCAACCAAGUUAUGGCUGAAGAAGGCUCUGAAGUCUCUAUUGCAACCUCUUCUUCCACUCCAAACUGGUGGGAGCUCCAUUCUCACCACCCUCUAUCUUCAUGGAACAAUACCAUUCCAUGGCACCCUAUGAACCCUAAUUCCAACUCUUCAUGUGAUGAAGACAUCUCAAUCUCACCUUCAUUCACCAAUGCUUCCAAUCACUCUGGCAUAAGUGUUGAUUCAUCUCAUCAACUUGUUGAAACACCUUCUACCUCAAGUGAACUCAAUAUGAGUGAACCACCUUCAUCAGAGAAUCAACUUUGGAGUGAUGUUUUAUUAAGCAUUGGAAGCAAUGGAGAGUUACAGAACAGUCAAGACGUUGGUGAAAAUGUUCUUGAAGCACUCUCAUCAAAGAACAUAUCAAGAGACAUGUUUGAACCAGCCUUUGAUUACUUGAAGAAAAUGGAUAACUGUUGGGAGCUCACGAAAUCACUAUCUAUAAACAACUUGGAGAAACAAUUUACUGGUUAUAAUGGAAGCUUGAUGGAAAACCAAAGGUUGAACUACAAUAUAUCUUUGAACAAUUCUUCCAUGGAUCAAUACCCAGAAGCUGAUUUUCCUCAGAUGAAGCAGAACUUUCCCAAUACAUCUUCAUACUUAGUUGCAGGGAAUAGAAGUUCAUCUACUUUCUUGCCAUGUUAUGGUCAAGAUUUAAAAGUGGAGAACCAACAAGAGAUUGAAUCUUUCAGGGCUUCAUUUCAAAGGCCAUCAUUUAGUAGUACUACUAAUGGUGUUGGAUAUCAAAUGGGUCCUAACAACUCAGUUAUGGGAGAGAACAAUAAAUAUUACUAUGGAAUUUCUAAUGCACCAUUGUCUAUUACAAGGAAUCUCUUAUCUUUCAAUGGCUCUUUAAGUAAACCACUAGUGAAUUUUCAAGCCUCUAAAGCUUGUUUGAAACCCUUGAGUUCACCAAAAAGUGAGAAACAAGGGAAUGAUUCAUCUUCACUGGCAAAGGGAAGUGGAAGAGGAACUGGAAUUACAAAUGAUGGGAAGAAGAAAAGAACUGAAGACACUUCAGAAGCUCCCUUUAAAAAGCCUAAGCAAGAGAGUUCCACAGCUUCAUCUGUCAAGACACAAGCGCCUAAAGUCAAGUUGGGAGAUAAGAUCACUGCACUCCAACAAAUUGUGUCACCUUUUGGGAAGACUGAUACAGCAUCUGUCCUGGGGGAGGCAAUUGGAUAUAUAAAGUUUCUCCAAGAGCAAGUGCAGCUAUUGAGUGACCCAUACAUGAAAUCAAAUGCAAACAAGGACCCCUGGGGAAGCUUGGAGAGGAAAGAUAAAGGAGAGCCAAAGUUGGAUUUGAAGAGUAGAGGGCUAUGUUUAGUUCCUAUUUCCUGUACUCCUCAAGUUUAUCGCGAAAACACAGGAUCAGAUUACUGGACACCAACAUACAGAGGCUGUUUAUAUAGAUGAACAAAAUAAAUGUAUUACCAGAUAUGUGUUUGUUCUGAAAAUCUGGUUAAUAUAACAAUCCUGACUAGUUUGUCCUACAGAUAUUUAUUUCUAGGAAGAAAUCCUAGUAAUUAAACAAGUGACUUUCUCAGGGUCUUGUAACAAUCAGUUUUUACUUGUGGAGAAAACAAUCU